UACAAUUUCUCCACUUCCUACUGUGAACUAAACAACAUUGCCAUAACACGACAGUCUGCAGUCUGUAGCAGUCUACAGUCUGCUUAGUUUGCUGUAGUCGAAAAUUCAGAGUUUGUUAGUGACUAUCGUUUAUUAGCAUUUGUUAGCAAUUUCUAGCAUUCUUUUUGUAACAAUAUUCCUGUUUUAUAGUUCAUUUGUGAUGGAUCCAAGUAUGAGUCGUAAGUGCCGGCUCAAGAGGAAGGAUGUUUUCGAUUUCCUCCACGAGAAAAAAAGUGUUUCCACAUCAACCACUGUUAAAGUCCGGGAUUCAAUUUACAAAUAUAUUGUUAAAGAGUGUAACUUCGGUGAUUUAGAUGAAAACUCGGAGGAUGAAUUAAAAGAAAAGAUUAGGACAUUUUGCACUGCAUUAUCUGUGAAAUGGAAAGCUAACCAUCGCGUUCUUGACAAGUUUCUUUUAAAGUGUUCUGAUUGGCUUGAAAAACCAUUUUUUCAAAUACAAGAAAAUACUAAAAGUGGACGACCGAGAAAAGAAUUUUUUGAUGCAAGCGAAAGAACGAAACGUAGGUCUGUAGAACAUUUAUUGCUGAAACAUAGUCCACAAGAAUUAGAGUAUGCAGUAAUAGCUGCACACAGAAGAUCGGGAAAACGAACGCUAGCUCGAGCGAUUGAGGGGAUCUUAACUAAAAGUCCUGAAUCUCUCAAGAAAUUAUUUGAACCAGAAAAAACUUUCACACCUUAUACACCACAGGAAGCAUUAGCUAUGAUAGCUUCACUUCGACUGACAAAACGGCAAUAUUGUUCUCUGCGGCAGGGAGCAAUGGAAAAAGGUUUUGCAUUGUAUCCUUCUUAUACAAAACUUUUGGGUGAGAAGAAAACGGUACCCUGUGAAAUCAUCGAUAACUGUAACUUGAUACCAAAGGUAGAAGUCCAAGCUUUAUAA